AUGACACUUACUACUCCCCACAACGUGACUGGGAGUUUGGCUUGGGCUACGUUUAUAGCUUGUCUAAGCACAUUACAAUUCGGAUUUCAUCUUGCUGAAUUAAAUGCACCAGAAGCAAUUUUACUGUGCCAGUUCCACAAAAGAGGUCCAUAUGAGUCCUAUGAAGAGACAAUAUGGUCCUCGUUUGGUCGAGAUCAAUGUCUAAAGAUGAGCAGUGGUGGAAUCGCAACCAUAACUACAAUGUUCACUGUCGGAGGAUUUGUAUCCUCAAUAAUACUUGGAUCAUCCAAAAUCUCAACUGCAUUUGGUAGAAAGAAGGUCAGCAUCAUUAAUUCGUUGUUAUUUUGUCUUGGUUCAUUUUCAAUGGCUAUGUCGAAUAAACUCUGGAUGUUCAAUUUGGGUAGGUUCGUUACUGGUUUAGCUGGUGGAUCUUCGUUAGUGGUGUCACCAAUCUUAAUUAAUGAGUUGACUCCCAUCAACCAUAGAGGAUUUUUAGGGUCUAUAUUGCAAUUGGCGGUAGCCAUUGGGAUCCUUAUGGCUCAAAUUGUUGGAUACUUCUGGUCAAACGAUCAAGAGUGGCGUAGCAUAUUCCUCUUUGCAUCUGGUAUUGGUUUGUUUCAAUUUGUUAUUUUAUUCACCACUGUCGAAUCUCCUAAAUGGCUUAUUAUCAAUAAGGGAGAGGUCAAGAAGGCUAAAUCCAUAUUGAGAAACUUACGUACUGAUCACGAUGCCGCAAACCAUGAAAUUAAUCACUGGAGAAGACUUUCUAUUCAUGCCGAUGUUUCAGAGUGCAAAGCAGGAGAAACCUCAGCUUUAUUAGAUGGACCAGUAAGCGAAUCAUCUUCAUCGUCUACCAGUGGAUUCAUCCCACUAACAAGAACUGUGUCACGUAGAGGUUCUAUUGAUCCUUCUCAUAUUACUAUUGGAGAUUUUCUUUCCAUAAAGAAGUAUGCACCAGAGCGUUGGGCUAUCUUUGGAUUAAUGUCUGGUCAGCAACUAUGUGGAAUUAACGCUAUUACUUUCUACGGUGUACGAGUCUUACGUGACAUUGUCCCAGAGGGAACAAACGUACUUGCCAUUACAUGUUCACUCUCAAUUUGUAACGCACUUUCUGCGCUUUGUAUUUCACCAUUUGUUGAUACGUUAGGUAGAAAGAAACUUUUGAUGUAUUCGGUGUCCAUUAUGGGUCUUUCAGCAGUGGGGAUUUCCAUCGGGUUGACUCAUAAUAUCGACUACCUUGCAGCUGGUGGGUGCUUUGUCUUUAAUAUCGGGUAUUCCAUUGGGUUAGCACCAAUACCAUUCUUGAUGAUUUCAGAGCUUGCAAGUCACGAAGCAUUAAGUGCUGCACAAUCAUGUGGAACGGCCCUUAAUUGGGCUUCUAACAUCACUAUUGCAUUUUUCUUCCCAAUUCUUCUGGAUCUGAUAGGAGGGUACAUCUUUUAUGUAUUUUUCUUCAUUUGCGCAUUCUAUGUUACAUUUUAUGCCAAGUUCUUACCAGAGACAUUAGGGUACAGUAGUUCAGAGGAAGUUUGGAGAGAUUUCAGAAAGGAAUAA